UAACUGGUCCUUCCUGCCGGCUGGCCUUGUGGUACCCUGGCUGUCCCCGGCUGUGGUUUAGCGUCCCCUUCCCUUCACGGGCCAGAGUGGAGAAAUGCUGACGGUAUUCCAGAGGUGCUUCGAUGUCUUAAUCGUGGCGAAAGACAUCCCGGGAUGCGGAGUACUGAUCUUCAUUAUUGGAUGGCCCUUUUACCAGUACCUUGCGAUGCUCCUGAGUACGACAAUGGCUUCUCAGCUUCGGAUCCGAAAUCGAGUCCCGUCGAGUGUGCAAAAGGAGCCAGUUCGCAUAAUGAGAACACUUACUGCUGGCUCCUUGGCUGUGCGAUCUAUAUUGGGUCGUCAUCAGAUACGGCGCCAUUGCUCGUGCCUGGGCCGCUAUCCGCAGGAAGAGAAAAUCCCACGUGGCCGGGAGGCGGGACGAGACUGCUCGCAGUCUGUCUACAGCCCGGGCAAGGAUAUGAGGACUUGCAGCAGGAAGCCAUGGUUGAUAGUAUCUGCUGAGAAAUUUUCCCUUCCAUUGGUAUUUGACAUGGAAGAGAACCAGGAGGAGUGCAUCUUUGGCCACCUUGACAUAGACCUUCACUGAAUUGAGGUGCACAGCUACACCCUCAUUCAGCUGGAAGGUUGGUUCAUAGCCACAUGCCAGACCCAUGUCGCCGUAGUUGGACUGCCUGUGGCAAGGCAGUGGCUAUGUGAUAUGAUGUGGAGCAUGGGGAGCUGGGACUCUGACUGGCAGGCUCAAGACCUUCAGAUGCUGCAGUUUGGCUGGAGCUAG